AUGUCGUCGUCGGAUGUAAUAACCGGCGGAAAUAUCGCAGUAGACAUCGUGUCAGUGAUCACGGGCGGGAUCGUGGUCAUAGUGGUGUCAGUGCUCAUCUACAAGUGCUUCAAGCUGCGCAUGAUCCGCAAGUAUGGCGGCGACGACCUCCGGCUGCCACCGGUGCUGCCGCUGGUGGAGACGCGGAGCACAGCAGCAGUUCCACCGAUCGGAAGAAGCGGCGGCAAGCACAGCAGCAGCAGCGGCUACGGCGGCACCGAGGACGUCGUCAAGGACCGGCCGGUGAGAUUCAGCUCGUCACAGCUGCAGGAAUUCACCAGCAACUACAGCGAGAGGCUCGGCGCCGGUGGCUUCGGGGUGGUGUACAAAGGCCAGAUCCAGCUCCCCGGUGACGGAAGCAGCCUGCUGGUGGCCGUGAAGGUCCUCGGGAGCAACAUGGGGCGGCGCGCCGAGGAGCAGUUCAUGGCGGAGAUCGGCACCAUCGGGAGGACGUCGCACAUCAACCUCGUCCGGCUCUACGGCUUCUGCUUCGACGCCGACCUCAAGGCGCUCGUGUACGAGUUCAUGCCGAACGGCUCGCUUGACCGCCACCUCUUCCACGGCGGCGGCGACGGCGACCAGCAGCUGAGGUUCGACAAGCUCUACAACAUCGCCGUCGGCACGGCGAAGGCGGUCCGGUACCUCCACGACGAGUGCGAGCGGCGGAUCAUCCACUACGACAUCAAGCCCGGCAACGUGCUCCUCGACGAGGCCUUCUGCCCCAAGGUGGCCGACUUCGGGCUGGCGAGGCUGUGCGAGCGGGAGAGGACGCACGUGACUACGACCGGCGGCGGCGGGCGCGGCACGCCCGGGUACGCCGCGCCGGAGCUCUGGAUGGCGGCGCCCGCCACGCACAAGUGCGACGUGUACAGCUACGGCAUGCUGCUGUUCGAGAUCCUGGGCCGGCGGAGGAACUACACCGACGUGGAGGCCGCCGAGAGCGCGGAGCGCUGGUACCCGCGGUGGGUGUGGCAGCGGCUGGAGCGCGGGGAGAUGGAAGCGCUGGUGGCGCGGGCUCUGGUGGCCGACGACAGGGUUGGUAAGGAAGCGAGGAAGAAGGUGGAGCGGCUGUGCGCGGUGGCGCUGUGGUGCGUGCAGUACUGGCCGGAGGACAGGCCGUCGAUGAGCGGCGUCGUGCGGAUGCUGGAGGCCGACGAGGACGUGGCCGCGCCGGCCGUCAGCCCCUUCGCCCAUCUCGAUUCCGACCUGCUGUCGUCGCGAACUUCAACUGCGGACAUGACCACCACGUUCGGCUCCGCUGCUGCUUAG